AUGGCGCCCAUGCAGGGAAACGGAGGCGGCGGCGUCGGCGGGGGCGUGGUUCGCUGCUGUUUGCCCAGCGGAGAUUGCCGGAAAAUGGACUCUUUGAUCCACCUAAAUGAACUUUCGCUGGCCGACUGCAUACGGGUACUGUGCAACAAUGAAAACUGCACUGCCGGUCAGUAUAUGCACCGUGAAUGCUUCGAGUUGUGGGAGUCGGGCGUUUUGCAGACCCUCAAGGCCAAUGGAAGAGCUCGAUCCUGGUCGGAAAGGCAGCGUCUGCAGCAUUUGUGGACCAAAAAGGGCUACGAACUGGUCCACAAGGCCUGCAGUUGCAAGUGCGGAAGGGGACAACUGCGCAAGGAUCUCGAGUGGGUGGCCCCCACCAAUCAGGGUGUUAUUUACCUCAAUGGCUCGGGAAAUCGCGGCUCCAAUCUGAAUGGAAAUCUCAGCGAGGACGAUGACAAGAAGAAGGCCAAGAAGAAGCGGAAUCGCAAUGGCAACGGCAACUCCAAGGCGCCCUUGAGCCAGAAUAAUGGCAACAGCUACGGCGGACUGACGCCCAAUCCAAAUGUGGGUGUUAUAGGGUCGGGUUUGCCCCACAAUAAUGGUAAUAAUACUAAUGCCGGUAACAAUGGAUCCUCUGAUCUGCUGCAACCCAGUGUGGUGGCCACUUUGAGCAAUAUCCUGAAUCCGAACAAUGUCCUCGGCUUGGAUUUGAGGGCCAGAGCGGGCAGCUUGUCCUCCAGUGGAGCUGGCAGUGGUUCCACCUCGCCAUCGGCCUCGCAAUCCAGCGGCGAGAUAUCCGUGUCGCCGGUGCAACAAUUGCUGCAACAGCAGCAGCAACAAUCGCUGCUGAUGCAGCCGCUGGGUCCCGCCUUUGGCAGCAAUCUUCUGCAGAAUGGCUUGGGUUUGUCCAAGAACCUCCUAAUGGCUCCCCAGCAGCAACAGAGCAAUUUGCCUGCCCUGGCCAAUAUUAGCAACUUUAAACCGCUGGCUAGUUAUGAGCAGCAGCAACUUGUGCAGCAGCAGAAGAACAAGGAGGUCGAACUUUAUUCCGAGCGAGUGCGCUCCACAUCUGGUUGCAAUGGGAUCUUUUCGCGUCGCCUGGACUUUUCGUCGUUCAAUUUGCUGCCAAAGACUCGUUUGAAUUCUUAUCAAGUCAAGGUGAGUUUACGCUUUUUGUCUCUACCGAAUGAUAAUGGUAAUCUCGGGUGAGUUGGUCUGUAAAUUUCUAGCUGUUAAAUAAAUCUUGGAGUGAAGACCUCUUUUUUUUCGUAUCUCGAAUAGGGCAUAAAUCACAAUUUAAUAAUAGUUAUUUGCCUAAUUCUCAACGGAUGCAUUAUUUAUUAUCCGAAAAUCCGAUUAGUUUUAUAGUUUAUUUUUUAAAGCCCACAAAUUAUUGCCUGCGAAAUGCGUCACUCAAAGUUAAAGCAUUUCUUUUAUGCAUUGCGAUAUAAAAUUAGUAAGAGUUCCCCAGAGUUAAGCACACCUUUUCGGAAGGUCUGCGCACGUCUGGGGCAUUCAAAACUUUUAUGGACCAAAUUGUG